GGACAACACACGGACGCUGCUACGGUGGAAGGUCAAGGGGCUCAGAUUCGGCUGUAGUGGUUGUUGUGGUGAAUAUUCCCCCAGAAUCGUUGAUCCUUGGUCCUGAACGCUCAGUAGGGAGAAUGGUGUGUGAGCAGCUGAACCACAGAGAGUGAGCAGGGAAAAAAAGCCUGGUGGUGGUGUUGUUGUUGUUGUUGUUGUUGUUGGUGUUGGUGGCCAGCAUGGCUCUGGGGAUCAGCGUCCUCCUCAAAGUGGGACUUCUGUUGUUGACGGCAGCUCAAGUCCUUCCUCUCGUGUCCGCCUGCAACCGGGGCUUCUACGAAGGGAUGAUCAACGAUUUGUGCUUGGCCAAAGUCCGAUUGGACAUGGGAGGACUGGACCAAGGCCUGUGGUGCAGCUGGACGGACACGAUGGAGAUAUACGAGGGAGUGACAAACUGCACGUACCAGGUGGCGCUGAGGAUGGACUGCUUCUGGCCCAAUCACGUCGUCGACCGCUUCUUCGUGAACAUUCACCAGCUCUACUUCCGCGACUGCGCGCUCACUGGCCGGCUCCUCCGCGACCCGCCGGUCAGCAUCCUCGCCCCAUUCAUCACGGUGCCGGUACUGGUCACGCUGCUCAUGACUGCCCUGGUGGUGUGGAGGAGCAAACGCACAGAGGGAGUUUUAUAGGACAAGACUGGAUCUUUAUGUGAUGUUGUGUUUUUUUGUAGUGAAUCCUCAAUUUGGUAUACCAAACCAAAUUUACUGUGGUGUGAUGUGACCAGUUGUUUUGUUUUUUUUACCUUUUUAAACUAUGAAACAAUAUAGUGUGCCAUCUAGUGGUUAAAUAAUCGCAUAAUAACCGAUAAAGAACAACUGUUCUCCUUUGUUUUACAUUUAA